GCAAAGCUUCUUUGAUAUUCUGCAAUAGUCGCAAAUCUGCUGAAAUGGCAGCAGCGGUUUUAGAGAAAAGUGUUACGACACUUUUCGCGCUAAGUGACCAGCAGAAGGCAAAUCUUGCACAACUCGCACAACAUUUGCACGACACUAAACUACGUAAAUUGACUGCACAUGGCAUUGCUUACCAUCAUGCCGGCAUGAGUUUAAGUGAUCGUAACCAAAUUGAGGAGAGCUUCCGUCAGGGUAACUUAAUGGUUUUGCUCUGCACUAACACUCUCGCAAUGGGUGUCAAUUUGCCAGCACGUCUUGUGGUCAUCAAGUCAACCGAGUAUUAUCACCUUGGCAAAAUGAUGGAGUAUCCCGAGAGUACGCUAUUACAAAUGAUCGGACGUGCUGGACGACCACAAUAUGAUACAAAAGGUGUUGCUGUAAUACUGACACAUAUGCGCAAUGUGCAAAAAUAUGAAACUCUUAUGAACGGUACUAUGCCAAUCGAAUCGCAUUUACAUAAACACUUGGCUGAGCAUCUGAACUCCGAAAUAGCAUUGGGUACAAUAAAUAAUCUUGAGGUGGCAAUGCAUUGGAUGCGCUCUACAUACUUCUAUGUGAGAUCACUGCAAAACCCUGCACACUAUGGUUUGGAUGGGAAUUUGGAUAAGGAUUUCAUUGAACAUAAAUUGGAAAAGAUGUGCUCUGUACAAAUUCAGCAGCUACAAAAUGCUGGACUCAUCUCAAGAAACCCCACUAAUGAAUUGGAUGUGCAAACGACAAGUUAUGGCAAACUUAUGGCCAAAUAUUAUUUAUGUUUCGAGACAAUGAAGCUUUUUCGACAGGUUCUUAAUUUUUAUACGUGGAGAUGA